AUGGGAAAACCAAAGACACGAGCGGACCAUGCCGCAGCCCGUGAGAGAAAGGAAGAGAAGCGAGCAAGGAAAGCUGAGGCUAUGCAGAAGGAUGCUCAACAGGUGCCUUUCGAAUCCUCUGUACAUGGGUGCUUCGACCAAUGGGAUAUCGAUAUCGAUGGAUAUCGAUCGGAUCUGAUCAUUUCGGAUAGUAUCAGGAGGCAGUAUUAUGAUGCGGAAAAGGCUUAUAUCAAAAUGAACGAACAGGUGGAGAAAUUGAAUGCCCGCAUAAUGUACGAGAUGCGAGAAAAAAGGCUGGCGGAGCUUUCGAAGAAGCAUCUGGCCGAGUUUCAGGAGAUCGAUGAUGGGAUGCCCACGAUCGACCCGACAUGUGUCGACGAGGUCAAUCGCGUGCGCUUCUUUCGACCAAGUGGUCGGAUGUUCGUCCUGAGCGACCGGAAGGAAAUGUUAGAUUCAGCCGAAUCAAUGAUCAAGGAUUGUGAAGAGUUGAUUCCAAAGCUCAAAGGUAUUCAUGACAGGUUCGUUGAGAAACAGAAUGAGGCGAAGCGCAAUGUCCAAGAUAUACUUGAGAUGGUUCAAAAACUAGGCGGACGCGCUGUAGAUAAGAGUGAUUCGGCACCCACGUGA